AUGGUUGCCAAGAAAGCCAAAGAGGUUUCCUGUGAUUUGAAAGUUUUCGAAAGCGAAGACUUAUACCUGGUAUUAAUAUAAAAAUACGCAUGCUGGUAGGUGGUGUCUUUUUCCCCAAUGCCAGAUAAGGUUGUGCAUACUAAGAAAAAGAGAAAACAACAGGACAAAUGGAAAGGCAUAUACCAGUUUACCCAUUGCCAGACACAAUUCAGAAGAUGGAUCCCGAGGAGACAGUCUGUAGAUACUGUGGAGUCAGCUACCUCAUUCACCAUGAAUUUAAAAUGAUGGAAGAAAAAAUGAAAGCUAUGGAAUUAGAAAUGGAGCUUUACAGGGCAAGUGUUGAGAAUGAGAGGAGACUUCAGGGUGACAUCCAAACUCUACAUUCCCUCUUGGAGCAAUCAAGGGCACAAGAUGAACAACAAACAGAAAGCAUAAAAUUUCUUUCUACACAACUGUCAGAAAAGGAGUCUGAGUUAAGGACCGUGACCAGUGCAAUGGACAGUUUUCAAAGCAAGCUAAAUGAAGCAGAAUGUCAGUCCCAACUGCUCAGGAGAAAAUGUACAUUGCAGAAUGCUGUUUUAAAAAAUACAAUGAGUUUCCUGCAAUUAACAAAGAAGGAGCUUUUAACAACAAGAUCUACUGUGGCCUGUUUCCCCAAACUCUGGAGAGAGUUUGCCAAAGAAGUGACAGACCGGAGCAAAGAUGCAAUGGCUGAGCUCACUUCAUUAGAAAGAGCUGUGGGUAUCUCUCAAAGCGAAGUUGUGCGCCUUCGGGAACAGGUGAAUGAUUUACAAUCAGUGUCAGCAGCAGCGGAGUUGAAAUCUCAACAGGUCCAAGACUUGGUCCAGAGAGAAUCAGAACUGCAAAACAGAUGCCAUGAAAUGCAAAAACAAAUCCUAGGCUUAAACAGUCAGCUCGAAAGCCUCCACGUGAAUCUUCAGCAGCGAAGCAGUGAAAUGGAACAUUUCAAGCAGUUAGUCGUUGCAAAAUCAACAGAAACAGAGCAGUAUCUUUCCAGACUGAAGCAAUCUGAAAUUGAGCAAAAAGAAACUGAAUCCAGGUUCUGCAAGAAACUGAGAGAAAAGGAUGAAGCAUGGCUGGCUUGUCAACAGAAGUGUAGAUUAUUACAAGAACAGCUUACCGAACAAACAAGGAAGCAUGAGGAACUGAGCAAAAGAAAUGGUCUCUCUGAAAACGAAAAUGAAACUCUCCUAGAUGCACUGAAGCGAGCUGAAGAAGAAAUAGACACUCUGCGCAAAGAAAGAGAAUUAACAAAGCUUUCUCAUCAGAAUACAAUUGUGCAGCUGCGGGAAAGUUUCAGACAAAAGAUGCUUGAAGGACAUAACUUAAGGACAAAGUUUGACGAAGAAUUAGAAGAAGAGAGAAAGCAUCACUUUAUAGAAAUGCAAAAGGCUGAACUAAAAGUGAGAGAAGAUGCUAAUACUGAAUUAGUCAUUCAGCGAGAAAAGUUUCAGGAGUUAAUCCAAAAAUACCAGAAGGAACAUGAAGAACUCAAGAGCAAGGUGCCCUCACUUAUUCAAAAAGCCACGAUGGAUCUACAAGCAGAAAUUAAAUGUUUGGAGAGCAAGCUGAUGGAUUUGCAUAAUACUAGGAGAGAGAAAGAAAGUAAAAAGGAUCAAGAAAUGAAUCAUUUGAUGAAGCAGGUCUCUGAUUUAGAAAGCCAGCUGUCACAGGAGAACAAAAAUACUGAGAAUCUGACAGCUCAAAUGAAGCAAGAACUACAACAAAGUUCUUUAAAAAUAAAGGAACUAACCAUGGAGCUCGAUCAGUUAACACAGGAGUCAUGUCAACUGCAGCAAGAGAACACACUGCUCCAAGAGACAGUUCGCAGGGAGUGUGAAGAACGCUAUGAACUGACAGAGGCUUUAAGCCAGGCCCGAGAGCAGCUACUGGAGCUAAAAAAGCGAAGCGGGGGUCUGCAGCUUUCACAGCGCUCUUCCAGUCAAAGUGUUCGCAUUGAGUCACCUUCACCUUCUGCCAGCCAAGGACAUAAAAGCAUGAACACACAGAGGUCCGGGUUAGCAGUAAAGCAUGGCCUCUUGACAAGACUGGCUGGAAGCCCCGAUGGGCAGCCGGGCAGCAGCAGCACCAGUGCACUACCUGCAAUCCCCUUGCCACGCCCAUCAAAGGACAGGCUGUUCUCCAUCAGUGAGUCCAAGCACAGGAUUGCAGCUGUGGUAAGAAGCAGAGAGAACAAGAUGUGAUUCACCACAACUCCUGCCUAAAAUGAUUCUUCCUUUCAAGAAAGUUUCCAGCUCAUUUAUUUGAACUUCUUUUUUUUUUCAUAUUUCCAUAUGGAAUAGACAGCUAUAAUUUGAAGACUGCUGCUUGUGAAACCGUUAAUUCCCACACAUGGCACAUAGCGGUUUUUCUAAUGCAAGCUUUAAAGUACAAGCAUCCAUCUUACAUCAAUAUUAUUAUUUUCUCUACAAAUUUUAUUUCCUGAACAUGUCAAUAGGCACACCGGAGUCUUAUUUAGACAAGGUGUGAAAAAUGGUGGACAGAGAUGUGCUAACACUGUACAACAUACCUGUUGUGCAGUAAUGAAGAAGAUUUUUCUAGCCUUGGGGAGAGAAAGUCAACACCAGGCAGAAACUUGGGAAAUCUAGAGCCAGUUCAUUUCUGUGGAUAUACAGUAAGGUACUGUAGAUGAGUGAGCUUACUUCGACUGAUGGUUGACCACGGUGGGCUCUACAAAGCAAUUCUGCAUAGGAUUUCAAAGAAUCAUACUAAUAAUAGUAAUACAUUUUAUGUGCAAUUGUCAGUAAAUAACACUGGAUAAGAGCUAAUAUCAGAAUAACAACAUACCAAAUAAUAUGAAAAAAUAAGUGAAACACGGGAAGUAAAUACGAAUCCUGCUACUGACACUGUGUGUCCAAGAGCAAGUCACAUCACCUGCCUGUGUUCCAAUUGGAAAAAUUAAAGAAAUCAAUUGUACCUCAAAUGUAAAUCACCUUGGAUAAAAGUGUCCGCCAAAUAAGUCAAUGUAAAUAAAAAUACACAAUAAUGGGAGAUAGCACUGCUGUGGCCUCAUGGAUCCAGUGUCCUCUUUUUGAAAUCUGCACCUGGUCCUUGUUUGUGUGAAGUUUAGCACGUUCCGCCUCUGUCAGCUUUGUUUUUUUGGA